UGGCACAAUAGACCUGCUUAGUACUGCAGGACACAGAUAUGUUCAGGUUUCUGUUUUUAUCUCACUUAUUGACUCAAUUAUUUUCAUAAAUAACAAUUUUAUUGAGAAGUUUUUUUUAUACAGUGUCUUCAGAAAAUAAAUCUGGCAUUUGCCAAAACAUGGGAGCAGAGAAAGUAGCUAGGAAAUGCAGCUAUAGGUAAAUUAAAUUAGGCAAGAUGAGUUAAGUUUCCCUUAACUUCCCCCUUAGCUGAAUUGGAAGCGAACUUAAGCGUGAGUAUGUGUAUUUGACAGUGGCAUGGGCACGAAAGUGUUAAAUCAUGUUGCCCCGCCUCCUCUCAAACAUACAGCAGUAGAACUAGAAAGAAAACAGCAAGGAAACACCUAUGGAAAACACUUGUCUACUCUUCAGGCUAAUUACACAAAUUCCUCUGAGCUUUUAGACAAUGGUCGCUUUUAAUUUUUCGUCAAGGUUUAUUUUGCUGGAGACUCGUCGACACUAACAUCCGCUCUGAGGCACGCGCUUUCUGUAAACUACAACCUACAACACGUGGACGUGAACACGUACGAGCCGGCUUUUUAAAAACUCAUUACAGAGUCACUGGCGUUAACGUGGAUUUCAGAAUAUGGACUACAUGCCGGAUGACAACUCCCGGUACAAAGAUGUUGACUACUGGGAUGAAAGAUACAAGACAGAGCAGUGUUAUGACUGGUUAGGUGGCUUCUCCAAAUUCCAGCACCUUUUGGAAGAACACGUCAAGAAGGAAGACUCCAUUCUGAUACUUGGUUGUGGAAACAGCAGCAUGAGCGGCGACAUGUACAGUGCCGGCUACCACUCCAUCACCAACAUAGAUUACUCCUCAGUGUGCAUCAGUACAAUGACCGCCAGGUACAGCGACUGCCUGGGUAUGACCUGGCAUCAGAUGGACGUGCGCCAGCUCUGCUUCCCCGCCGCAUCCUUUGAUGUCAUCCUCGAGAAGGCCACGCUGGACGCCAUCAUGGUGGAAGAGAAGUCACCUUGGGAUGUGUCCCCUCAGACCGCCUGUUUCGUUCACCAAGCACUCACAGAGAUCAGCCGCUGCUUGAAGCCCGGAGGACGGUUUGUGUCUGUUACCUUCGCCCAACCCUUCUUCAGGAAACGCCUCUAUGCUCGCACCGAGUACAACUGGUCGAUCAAACAGUACAGUUAUGGAGAAGGCUUUCAAUAUUUUGUUUAUGUGAUGACCAAAGGAGAGCAGCUUAGUCCAGAGGAUGCAGCUCUGGAGAAAAAGCUACUGGAGAAAAAUCAGCUCGAGGACACCAAAUCCACACCUACUAGGAUCGCCACAACACAAAAUGAGGAUAACGAAGACUUCCUGUCUAAUAUUGACUUGUAAAAUGACUGGAUCAUCUAAAGCAAUCUUAGGAAUACAUUAUCCCAUAGACCUCAGAAACUCAAACUUCUCCACCCUAACAAAUAUGAGAGAAACGUUUUAUAAAAAUGAACUACUGAGCAUUUUUAAUUGUUGUCUGGGCAUAGACGUUCAUAUGGACGUCUGUGUGGACUUGUUUUACACACGACCUGGGUUGUGUAGCACAAAUGAAACCUUAUGCCAUGUUAUAUGUAAAUUUCUACCAAGAAAGAGAUACAGUAUACAUCAAGAUACAUUUUCUUUAAAUUUAAUUGAGAAAUUUUAAAGAAACUAGAUGAAAUGUCCAUUUUAAGCUAAACAUAAAACUAAACCUGAUAUAUGGCUUGACUGCUAAAAAAUAAAGUUAUUUUCCCACAUAGAUGCUCAAAUCAGGAUGUUUAAGAAAAAGUAGUGACUGAUCAAAAGAAAAUGUGUGGUAUUUUUUUACACUUACAGACCGUUUACACGUUUAUAUUCCGAUAUUACAUGGACAAAAAGGUUCUCUAAACAUGGGGGGAACUGGAGAAAAUGGUUGUGCCAAAUAAAAAAAAAUAAAAAAAUCAAUAAAACAAAA